AAUUCAACUUUUGAGUGAGUCCUUUCUCCGUCUCUUCCUCUAAAUCCAAUUCUAAUGAUUUCCAUCUAAAUUCUUGAAUUCAAAAACAUAUUCAAUUUUUUUAAUAAAAAAUAAAAAAUAAAAAAUUCUCGAUUUUGAAGAUGCACCCUUAACAUUACAAUAUAAUUUUAAAUUAAAAUUUGUCUUGGUAUAAUAUUUGUUUUCAGACAAUAUGACUUUGUGGCAGAUAGUUGCAUCAACCGACACAGGGAUUGAUUUUCCCUCUCAAACCCAGAAUCUCACCUACUGCCAAACAGAAUCCUUCUUCCAAGCUUCUUCAACCGACACCACAAUCAUACCCAACUCCCUCAAAUUCCAAUUCCAGCUCUUCUCUUCCACCAAUCUCACCUGAUUCACAAAACCCAUCAAAACCCUAACCCUAAUUUUCAAUGAAAAGGACUCGCAUUCACAGUCUCAAUCUCUUCUGUUUCGAUCGAAAAUGGUUAAUCCCAUUCUUGUUCAUAUCAACCAUCUCUCUCUUUUUACUUCUCAUCACAAUCCCAACCCAAGACAAAUCAAAUUCCACCUCUCUUCCCCAAUCGAAAUCCUCAGUUUUAAUUACGAAUUCCGGCGCCGGAACUCACCGUUUGGGGCUGCCGGAGCUGCCGAGGUUCGCGUACUUGCUAUCCGGCACCGGAGGCGACGCGCCGACCCUGAAGCGGCUGCUUCAGGCGGUGUACCACCCGAGGAAUUCCUA